GGAUAUGGAACUCGACACGCGAAUUUGUCUCACGAUAUCUUGGAGUAAAAACAUCUUGAUCAUCUCAGACAUCAUCUUAUACUUAAUAAAAUGGCUGGCCCAAGAUUUGACGACCCUGUCUACGGGAGCAACGUUGUGACAGGGAUCAGUGCUACAGGCAACGCUCACCAAACCUUCAACUUCAAUCAACGUUUUGAGUCGAGGCCGUUCUUUCUGUUUCCCUAUGAGAAACAUGAAGAUUUUGUUACACGGCCUGAAAUAUUAUCCAAACUUGAGGAACUUCUACCAAAGAAUUCCGACGACUUUCGAAGCGCCGCUCUUUGGGGCCUCGAAGGAUCUGGCAAGACGCAAAUCGCUCUGGAUUUCGCAUAUAGUCGAUACAGUAAAAUACAAUGCUCCGUCUUUUGGGUUCAUGCAAAUAGCGAGGCGACCUUUGCACAAGAUUAUGGCUCAAUUGCAAGCGUUCUGGGCAUGAACGCUCAAGGUUCUGUGCCUGAGCUUCUACAAAACGUCCGACAUAGAAUUGAAUCGUUACCUAGAUGGCUACUUAUCAUCGACAAUGCCGACGACUUGUCUUUACUUGGCGUCGGUUUAGCAGCAAGAAACACCAGCAAGAUGAUAAAUUACAUCCCGAAAGGCCCAAAUGGCACUAUUUUGUGGAUCAGCCGUGAUGAAGCAAUUGUUGGGAGUCUUGUAGGCGUAUGGAGAGGUGUAGCUGUCUCAAGGAUGACUUUUGAUGAAAGCAAGGCACUGCUUGAGUCGACAAUGCCUCAAUCAAUAGGUGAUGACGAGCUAGAUGAUGCUACUCUGUUACUUGAAGAGCUGCAGUUUUUGCCGCUUGCUAUUUCGCAAGCUGGGGCAUACAUGCGAAGAACAGAGACGUCCGUCAGCCAGUAUCUUAAUGACUUGAAAAAAGAGGAAACACGUUGGCGCAUCUCGAAAGAACCCGAGUUCGACAGAUACAGGUUACACAACAGUUCCAACAGCAUUCUUGAGACUUGGAGUUCUUCGGUUCAUCUCAUUCGCCAAGAGAACGAGUUGGCAUACAAAAUUCUACACAUCCUUGCGUACAUGGAUAAACGGGAGAUUACUGAGCGGUUAUUGGAUGCUGCUGCUGCGCAUGGAGAAACAAAGCAGAUGGAAGACAUGCUUGAGAGUAAGAAGAGAGAAGCAAUACGUCGACUCAAGAACUUCUCCUUCCUAAUAGAGCACCAUCUCGGCAAUAAUGAACGCACUUAUGAGAUACACAAGCUCGUCAAAGAUGCCAUACGUUACAAGCUACGAAAUGUAAGUAUAUUGGACGGACAUGCGAACAAAGCGAAUAAAGACUCUCGUCGAUUGGGAGCGUGCAUUAAGAGACGGUUUGCGAAUAAUGGAAGUAGUAAGGGGGUUCCAAGGAAGGGAGAAGAGUACUUUGCUGGCGUGGCAGUCGACAUUGUCGCCAGCACUUAUCCCCAUAAGACUCACCUCAAAACCGGGAAAGCACCAUGAGCUGACAAGGAGGGAUUCCUGGAAAUGGGAUUUUGUGGCGAUAUAUCAAUGAGUUGGGCUGGAUAGGGAAGGCAUAGAAGGCGGUGUGUAAGACUGGAGCUAUGUUGGUUGAGUGAGAAUUUGGUUGGGGUUGAUGGAACUGCUGUUUCUGGGAAGAUAAGGGUUACGAGGGAGUGGAUUGAGUAUACUAGUGAUCAUUAAGUAUGAGAUCCUGUUUGGGAUUGACUUGGCUAAAGGUGCGUUGCCGAAAGAAAUAGACGGCGAGUGAAGAAUAGCUGUGCCAGUUUGGGAUACUAAGAGGAGACUCUUCAUUAUUGGCAUGGAGACUCAUCGUUCUCACAUGGUCAAGGCAAGCAUGUAAGGCGUUCUAAUUCUUCUUUUUAAUUAAGCUGCAUAUAGGAAUCUAGGACUAUCGUG